UUCAAAAAUCUUCCCCAAAAAUGCCAUAGCUGGCUCUUCUCUUCUUUUUGCUCACCUUUCCCCCAAAAUUCAGAGCCGACUCUUCUCUUCUUCUUCUUCAUCCUGGCCCCAAAAACCCCAGAUUUAGGGUUAAGGUUGGAGUUUUCGCAUUUCCGUCUUCUUCAUCCCUAUAAGAAAUUUUGCAUGGUUGUUUUAGAAUGCCAUGAUCAUCAGCAUCAUCAUCAUUGUCACAAUCAUGUACAUGAUUUUGCUGUCUCUAGCAUUAGUAUUGUGUCUGAGGGAACCCUUGAUCUUGAUGAGGUAAAUAAUUUAUAUAUUAUACAGUACAUACGUUUUAUAUUAGUUGAAUGCAUGUGCUGGGGAUACAUUGAUAAAUUGUGGGCUUCUAACAAAUAAAGAAUGCCUUAUUGAAAAAAAAAAAAAGAAAAAAAAAAGAAGAAGAAAAGUUAGCCUUUAUGUUCAGCCAGUAAAAGUAUUAGUCAUCAAAGUGUGAGAAAACAAAUACAUAGGAGCCUAAUUAUUUAGUCAAUUUCAAAACAGAAUAAGGCUGGCCCAACGCAAAUUAGAGGUAGCCCUCAAAUUUUCAAACAACCCUUUAUAACGAGGAAAUUUAAAAUGUUUAAAAACUUGAUAUAAUUAAACUUAUGAUUUUAUCCAAGGAUUUGACUUUUGUUCAUUUUCCAGUAAAAACAUGUCACGUUUAAUUUUCUAUUCGCAAUUUGAUAUCUUAGAAUGAAUAAAUUUUCUCCAAUCAAUUUAUUUGGUUUGAAAUCUGAUUUUUCCUUAUUUUAUUUACAACUAAUAAUUUAAAAACUUAGAACCCAGUGGAGUUGGAAGGUUUGAAGAAAGCACACAUUCGAGAUGGCACUGUAAUGGUGCAAUAUCUUGUCUGAUUGGAUAAGCAGAUGCAGGAGAUAUAUGGGGUUUCUAGUUGCUUCUUGGAGUGAGAUGAAAUGACUAAGAAAAAACAAUUGCAAACACUUAAACUAACAGAGGUGACUACAAGCGAUAAGCUAGAGAGUUUUCACGCAGCAAAAGAGCAUUUUAGAGGCUUAAGUUUUCCUACUAUUUCGUUGGUUGGUCCAAAUGCUGCAAUCAUCCAUUAUGCGUCACAAGCAGAAACUUGUGUAUUUAGAUGGAACAACUGAUAUAAGAAGGACAGUUCAUUUUGGAAAACCAUCAGAACAUGAGAAAGCAUGCUAUACUGCAGUCCUCAAGGGUCAUAUUGCACUUAGGAAUGCUCGAUUUCCUAAUGGAACCAAUGGUAAUGCCCUAGACAUUCUUGCUCAAGUUCCACUAUGGAAAAAUGGUCUUGAUUAUCGGCAUGGUACAGGCCAUGGAAUUGGGUCUUCCGCCAUCAUGUUCAAGAAUAUUAACAAUAGGGUGAUAGAAGUCUAUAACCCUAUUAUUAAUAUUCUUGAUCAUGACGGCUAUAAUAGUUGAGUGCUCGAGCUCUUGCGAAUCCAAACAGGAGCUGAAUAACAUUACUACUAGGGUCAGUCUUAAACGAUAUUGUUUUGGCCUUCAAAGACAAAGAAAAAUCGUAGUUAUUGUGUCUUCCCAUUCAAUUUGUUCAAAGAUAUGCCGCGACACAUAAUCGGCUCUUAAAAUGUUAUUUGGUCUUCCCAUUCAAUUUGUACUUAAGUCUCUCAUCCGCUAUGACAAUUUGCAACUCCCUUCAUAGAGAACCCCUAAGAAUAAUGCAAUGGAAAGAAUAGCUUAACAAUCGUUCUAAUUG